CGAAUCAAUCUCUUUUGCAGAGAGAAGGAUUCACAAAAUUUCCACCCCCAUAUUGGAUUCGGCCGCACGCCGCCGGAUUUGAUUCAGACGCCUGCCAGCGUAGUUUGCUCGGUCGUCGACCGACGGAAUUUCUUCAGUCAAACGCCGCCGGAUUUGAUCCAGGCGCCCGCCGCCGUGGUUUUCUUAUUUAGUCGCACGCCGCCGAAUAUUCUUCAACUGAACGCCGCCGGUGGAGAACUUUGGCCGGCCGGUGUUCUGUUCUCGAUCGGGAACUGGAAAGUCAAGAACGGGAAGAGGUAUGACAUCAAUUGAUAAAUCCUGGAUACAAUUAAAGAAUCG